AGUGGGAGCAUCCAUCAACUGCAGUGUGCCCUGAAAGAACAGGAUGCCACAGCCAGAGAAGAUGAACUGGAUGCUUCUUUUAGCCCCAGUGCAGGAAACGAGGACCCGGGGACUGCCUGGCAAGAACUACAACAAAGCCAUGCCGUUAACCAACUCAAAGUUUUGUUGUGCCAACAAACAGCCAAGGAAAAUGAGGUUUCACCGUCAAGAAGACGGAAAAUGGCCCCUUUGAACUCAUCAGAUGAGGAAAACAAUAUUCCUACUUUGCACAAUCUCAUCCCUAUCAUUAAUGACCAGUCUCAAUACAUUCAACACCUAGAGGCAGAAGUAAAAUUCUGCAAGGAGGAACUCUCUGGAAUGAAAAGCAGAAUACAAGUAGUUGUUCUUGAAAAUGACAGGCUCCAGCAAGAGUUGAAAUCUCAAAGAGAAGAAACAGUGAGAGAACAAACACUUCAGGAUGCAUCUGGGAACAUGCCAAAGUCUUGGAUUACAACAGGUGAAGAGUCUUGGAUGGGCGAAUCUGCUAAGAGACCAUUGUCCCAGGACACCACAGCUCUGGUCAACGCUGCAUCUGCUUCUGAGGCUGGGAAAUGGAAGCUAGAACUGGAAAGACUGAAACUUGCUUACACAGAAAUGAGUGAAGUCCUGGAAACUCAGUUGAAGUUUCUGAGGAAGGACUUAGCUGCCUAUCAGAAUAAAUGUGAAGAUCUUCAAGAGCGACUGAAGCAUAAAGAUUCCCUUCUUGCUGCUAAUGUUUCUAACCGUGUCGGUGGGCUCUGUCUGAAAUGUGCUCAGCAUGAUGCGGUUCUUUCCCAAACCCAUAACAACGUCCACAUCCAGACCAUUGAAAGACUGACAAAAGAAAGAGAUGACUUAAUGUCUGCACUGGUUUCAGUACGGAGCAGCUUGACAGACGUGCAGCAAAGAGAGGCGAGUGCCUAUGAGCAGGUGAGGCAAGCUGUGCGGAUGACGGAGGAAGCCAGCUUUGAAAAAACCAAGGCUCUGAUCCAGUGUGAGCAGCUGAAGAAUGAGCUGGAGAGGCAUUCAGAGCGACUUGAAAAAGAACUUGCAUCCCAGCAGGAGAAAAGGGCCUUUGAGAAGGAGAUGAUGAAGAAGGAAGUGACAAAAGAGAGGGAGGAAGCCAAGGCGAAGAUGUUGGCUUUGUCUCAGAAUAUUGCCCAGUUGGAAGCCCAGGUGGAAAAGGCUGAAAGAGAGAAGAUUGCAGCUACUAAUCAACUAGAGGAAAUACAAAACAAGCUCUCCUCUAGGGAAAUGGACACCACACAGGUGUGUGGAGAAAUGCGCUAUCAGUUGAAUAAAACAAAAAUGGAGAAGGAGGAGGCAGAAAAAGAGCACAGAGAAUACAGAGCAAAAACUAAAAGGGAUCUUGGAAUUAAAGAUCAGGAAAUCGAGAAAUUGAGACAAGAACUGAGUGAAAGCAGGCAGCGUGUGGAACAGGAGCAGCAGAAGGGAGCGGCAGCCAGGGAGGAGUGCCUGAAGCUGACAGAACUGCUGGGCGAAUCCGAGAGCCAACUGCACCUCACCAGGCUGGAAAAAGAUAGCAUUCAGCAGCGCUUCAGCAGUGAAGCGAAGGCCCAAGCCCUUCAGGCCCGGCAAAGAGAACAGGAGCUGACACAGAAGAUACAGCAAAUGGAGGCCCAGCAUGACAAAACUGAAAAUGAGCAGUACUCAUUGCUGACUUCCCAGAACACGUUUUUGAUGAAGUUAAAAGAAGAAUGCUGUACGUUAGCCAAGAAAUUGGAACAAAUCUCUCAAAAAAGCAGAUCUGAAAUUGCUCAGCUCAGUCAAGAAAAAAGAUACACAGAUGACAAACUAGAAAAGUUACAGAGAAGAAAUGAUGAGUUGGAAGAACAGUGUAUCCAGCAUGGGAAAGUGCACGACAUAAUGAAGCAAAGGCUGAGGCAGCUGGACAAGCACAGCCAGGCCACCGCGCAGCAUCUGGUGCAGCUCCUCAGCCAGCAGAACCAGCUCCUCCUGGAGAGACAGAACCUGGCGGAGGAGGUGACGCACCUGCGCGCCCAGGUACCCACAUCAGACCGCGGCUGCCAGCACAGGCUCCCAGCGUCCCUCCUCCGACCUGCAUCCAUCAAGUAG